UGGCGCGGCGCGCGGGCGCUGGCGUUGACGCUUCAGAGGGCCGCUGUGGCCUGGCCGGUGGCGGUGGCCUCAGAGUGGUGCGGAUGGGGUAGCCCAGGGGCUGCUGGCGGCCCUGCUGCGAGGUCCGGGAGAGCCCGGCGAGAGCCCGGGGAGCCCGCCGCUGCCUCCCGGGCGACAACACCAGCCCGAUUGAGCAGGGAGAUGGCGUUUCGGGACUGCUUCAGUCUGGCGUAUCCUCACAACCCUCGCCCAGCAGACUUGAUUGAAGUCUUCCGUCCUGGCUACCAGCACUGGGCACUGUACUUGGGUGAUGGCUAUGUUAUCAACAUUGCCCCUGUAGAUGGUAUUGCUUCAGCGCUUUCAAGUGCCAAGUCUGUGUUCAGCACGAAGGCCUUGGUGAAAAUGCAGCUUCUGAAGGAUGUUGUGGGAGAAGACAAGUACAGAGUCAACAACAAGUACGACACGACCUACCCGCCUCUCCCCGUGGAGGAAGUGAUACUGCGGUCUGAGUUCGUGAUCGGGCAGGAGGUGGCCUACGACUUACUGGUCAACAACUGUGAGCAUUUUGUGACCUUGCUCCGCUAUGGAGAAGGAGUGUCAGAUCAGGCCAACCGAGCAGUAAGCACCAUUGGGUUUGUGGCGGCCGCUAUCGAUAUCUUCACGUUCCUCGGCUUGUUCCCAAAGAGACAAAGAACAAAAUAUUAGCAGCUUAUUGAAGAGAUUGAAAUUGAAGGAAUCUGCGAGGAGACAGAAAUUCUGGGGUGAAUACUUAUUUUGAACGCAUCAUUAUUUCUCCCGGUCCCCAUGAUGGAUGGCAGACUCUGUAAUAAAUUGCUUGCUGAUUUUAAUCUUA